AUGGCUGUCAGAUUGACUUCGUCGGCACGUCUGCCGGGAGCCGUGCCCGCCGCCUUGAUCAGGGCCAGGCUCGGCAUACCGCAUGCGGCCCGCCCCUCCGCUCCGGCGUCCAGGUCGCACAUAUGCUUCGCCGCGCGCAAGCGACAGGAUAACGGAUCGCCGAUGGAGCUGGCCGGGGUGACCUUCGAGGUGCAGCGCCACGUGGACUAUGGCGACAGCCUGUGCGUAGUGGGUGACGCGGAGGCCCUCGGCGGCUGGGACCCCUGCAACGGGGUGGUCAUGGAGUGGAGGGAGGGCGACAUCUGGACCGCUCAAGUCGAGCUGCCCCUCAAGGAAACCAUUCAGUACAAGUACAUCGUGAAGCACGAAGAUGCUCGAGAGGUGGAGUGGCAGCCCGGCGAGAAUGAGGUGCACAGUGUCGAGGCCGAAGGCAAGGUGGUGGACGAGUGGCAGCGUUUUGACGAAGCGGCAGAGGGAACGGGGGCGGAAGAGGCGGCAGUCGAGCUGGCUGGGGAGGAGGGGCUCCCAGGCGGGCGUGUUGGCGAUGGCGACCAGGAGGAUGCAGGUUGGCUGGGUGCAAAAGAACCAGGGAUUGAAGAGGAGACUGCAGGCCCUGUACCUGUUUCCAGCGCCGAAGCCGUCAGUGAGGGUCUCCCAUCCGAGCCAGCAGAGGGGUCCAAGAAGCCUGCAAAAAAGACCGCUGCCAGGAAGAAGGAAGACAAGGCUGCCACGGUCCACAGGGUUACGUAA